CAGAAGACGUGAGGAAAGGAUCCAAUCUCUCUUGACAGAAGAUCUUCAAGUUCCAUGCUUCUUUUUUAUUGUUUGGCUUCGCUGUUGCCUCUUUCGUUCGCGAAGGACCUUGGCUUGGAGGCUUGCCUUGUCGGCUAUUGCAUUGCCUGAUCCCCCUGAUUCUCUAUUCAUUCAGAAAGUUCUGCAACCAGGCUGAAUUUCGCUGAGAUUCUCUCUAUCGAUCUAUCGAUUGUAGAAUUCAAUACAUCCACUCAUCGUGUCGUCCUCUUCUGCCCACGAUGAGUUCGGAAAUUCGUCAACGCCACCAGGCUGCCUCACAGUCGUCCAGUCCACCUGGCAGCAGAAGCAGCAGCAGAGGCCGUCGUCAUGAGUCGGUCACUGAGCUCCCCGCACUGCAGGAAAAUGGGGAACCGGCCAUGGAGCGAACACAAAUGCCCCUGAGGGCCCGUUCUUCGUCCGAUGACGGGAAAAUGGAGGACAGUUCUCGUCACAAUGCCACUGGUGACUUGACCAAUGCCAAGGCACAGCAACAAGUGGCCAAAUCGGAAGGGAAGAAACGAAAAAUUGUCGUUCGAAUCGUUUCCAGUUUGCUCAUGAUCACGACCUUCUUAGGACUCAUGUACAUGGGCCAUGUUUACAUUUGCAUGUUGGUGGCUCUGGUGGAGCUUUUACUGUUCCGAGAACUGGUCAAGGUUCGAUACAGUGCCUACUUCAAUACCAUCCAAGACACCAUCCCUCUCUUUCGUACCACCCAAUGGCUCUGGUUUGCCGUGGCAAUUUUCUACACCUACGGAGACUUCUUUCGAGAAAUGAUUGUUCAAGGCAAUCCAGACCUUCAUUGGUUCUCCCAAUAUGCCAACCUCUUGCCGAGCGUGUCCUUUUUGCUCUACAGUGGAACCUUUGUCAUGACGAUUGCAACAAUGCAAGUGGGACACAUCAAAUUCCAGCUCAAUCAACUUUGUUGGACCAUUGUGGUCCUGUGCCUUACUGUGGGGCAGCUCAAGUACAUUAUGCACAACAUCCUCAAUGGAUUCUUCUGGUUUGCCUUGCCCAUUCUGCUGGUGGUUACCAAUGAUAUCAUGGCCUAUGUGAGUGGCAUGACUUGUGGGCGUAAAUUCAUCCGACGACCAUUCAUUAGUUUUUCACCCAACAAAACAUGGGAGGGCUUUAUUGGUGGUGGCCUCUGUACCAUUUUUGCGGCUUGGUACAUUAGCAAAUUGCUGGCACAAUUCCCCUGGAUGUAUUGUCCAACCAACAAAUUUGCCAUCUGGCCUGCAUCACUGCAAUGCACACCAGAUCCCAUCUUUGUUCCCUCCACAUUGAGGUUUCCAUCCCAGAUGUUUGAACUGCUGCCGCUGUCGAUGUCCAAGCUCAUUCCUAAUGUUGUGCAGAUCUGCUCAGCGGUUGUUGACGAUGGCACCAGCGAAUCAUCUGAACCCAUUUUGACACCCUGUGUAUCAGGCAACAAAAGCCACACCCAUCAUCACUUUGAAUUGUUAAUGACAGUCUAUCCUGUUCAAAUUCAUGCACUUUCAUUGGCACUGUUUUCCAGCUUGGUGGCACCCUUUGGUGGAUUCUUGGCCAGCGCCAUCAAGCGUGCCUAUCGUCUCAAAGACUUUGACAGUAUCAUUCCAGGACACGGAGGUGUCAUGGAUCGAAUGGAUUGUCAAUUCAUGAUGGCCCUGUGUACGUGGGUCCACUACAAUACAUUUGUCAAGAUUGCUACUAUCAGCGUCCCGAAGCUCACCUGGAUGUACAAUGAAUUGACCGAAGAGGAAAAACGAGAGUUUCUGGAAUCCAUUACAAUGGUUGCUACGAGAAAGGGUGGUCGCAACAACUAGGUACUGAUUGAUGGAUGAUACGCACUCGUACCAACCCACCGGUUCCAUGUUCGAUUGCAUGCCUUCAGCUUGUGUGAUUUUGUAAAAAAAUGUGAUGUCUAAUUAUUUGAUAGCUGCGACCUCUGCGUAU